CAUAGUGGCUCAAUAACAGCAUCUGAACUCCGGCAAGCGUUGGUUAACGGUAACUGGACCCAUUUCAACGAGGAAACCUGCCGGCUGAUGAUCGGCAUGUUUGACCGUGACAGAAAUGGAACAAUCAACUUUAAUGAAUUUGCUGCAUUGUGGAAGUACAUCCAAGACUGGAGAAAUUGCUUUGAAAGAUUUGAUCGAGACCGAUCAGGGAACAUUGACGCCAAUGAGCUCAACCAUGCCCUGCAGACGUUUGGCUACAAUGUCUCCCCUGCCUUCUGUGCCGUGCUCGUCCGGAAAUUUGACCGGUCCGACGCCAGGACGAUGAAGCUGGAUGAUUUCAUUCAGUGUUGUGUCAUGAUUAAGUCUCUGACUGAGGCCUUCAGAAAGAAGGACACUGCCUUAAGGGGAACGGUUAAAAUUCACUACGAGGAGUUCCUUGAAAUGGUUCUGGAAAAUGGUAUUCACUAGGGGCGCCAUUUUUCACCAAAAAAAGAGCAGUGAAUGGGGGACACUGCGACCAUGUGAAUAAAUUCCAUCAGUGCUUUAUAUACUUGUAUGGCAGCUUGCUGUUCUGAAUUUUUUUAUAUAUCCUUCAACUUUCUUGUAAAUGGCGAUCAUUCCUACUUGAAAAGUACUUGAAAAGUCUUACUAAAUUGUAAAAAAGUAAUGAAAGUAAUAUUUUCGGUAUUGGUUGCAUCAUUAAAGACGGUUUGUCAGCUUUCCGUUAUCUUCCUGUUUGGAACAACUCAGUGCUGUUAACAGUAAAACGAAACCUCUGAGACGUUUGUCUGAUAUGCGCCUUAAGCAGAAGCACCCCCUCAUUGGUCGAAAAGAGCCAUGUUGGUAGGUAGUGUUUUAUUUUGUUGGUAGCGACAUGACCGAAAGGGAUGCAUUGUGUAGUAAGAGAAGUGUGGUUCCCACCUUAGGAUCUUUCGUUGCGCCCUCUCUUGAUCCAAUUCAGGGCUCAAAGUGAUAAAGAGAGUUGCUUAAUAUGCUAAAUCACAACUAUGGAAUGAACGACAGAAUCCCACUUACUUCACGCCACUGCGAGGCAUCCUUAGUGAUCAGUACUACAGCCCUGCACGUGGGACGGGGCCACGAAUUUCAUCGCUACCAAGCCUUAAUGGUGUUUGAAGAACAAUCUCAUUGGGUAGUAAGUUCCAGUCAUGAGUCCUCUGAGAAAAUGUUUGUAAGACAUCGCAAAGGAGUAAAACUCCGAUUAUAUUUGGUUCUCUGAAUUCUUUAUCCUUGAUGAAUUGAGUUGGGAAAUAUGGCAGUUUCUUACUGCAUGAGUAAGUAAGUGGAUGUAAGUGGAUGUAAGUGGAUGUAAGUGGAACCACUGACUUUUUCAGUGCUGAUAUUGAAUUUGAAAGCGAAGUUGAUAGUGACAAUUUUGUGGCAUAUCCAGAACACUUGAUGGAUGUGGAAUAUUAACCAUGCAGACCUUGAAGCUUCCAGGUUUCUCAUCGCUAUUGCUGAUUUACAGAGAAGUACUGGACUGGUUUUUGGACAGAAAGGAUUUGGUGGUGUCUCCUUUCAGAAGGCUCACAGCUAGAGAGAUUCCGCCUCUCAACACCAGUUGCUCUGUUCGCAGUGCUGACUGGUGUGCCAAUUGAGAGAAUCUCUCAAAAUCCCAGGUGCAGAGGUGGAUGGAUCCUUACCCUGCCGCCUCUGUGACCCUGACAUGCAGGUUGGAUUUCUUGUCCCAGCCUGAUUCUGUGGCCUUUUCUCUGCAAUAUCCUGGUAGGGUUUUCCCUCUAUUUCAUCUGAGUCUUCUCCCUGUAUCUUUUGUUAGGCCUCUUUUGUGACCCAUGAUUUCAUUUAUAAAGAAAAUCAUAAUAUUCCUAGCAGAUUGAUUGAUUUUCCAUUAUUGUUAUACCCCUACCUUGAAUAUUGCAUUUUCAUUGGCCCAGAAAGAUCACUCGACUGGUCCACAGAAAUGCAUAUUACCCUCAUCAUUUUGCAUAUCACAUCGUGAUAUCAUAGACUAGUCCCUGCCUCAGGGUCAAAUCUAUUAUUGCAGGGACUACCAACCAUGCCACUGAUAUUCACUGGUACCUAUGCUACUUUGACCUGUACAGUUGAUGAUAGCUAACUGUAGUGGUACCAGUGAACUGGGGAACAAUCAGCUGUUGAAGCACUUUGUCAACACCCUCACCUCAGAAGCUGUGAGUUCUAGGGGCUUAAAACAUCAUAACCCUCAUCAGACCAGUCAGUAAUGUUUAAUUUAUGUGUUUCAGUCCUGUGGACAGGAGGCUGUCGUCAGCAAGUAAUUUGAAAUUAAUAAGGUUCUUACCUCGCUGACGAUAUCACCCCAACACUUGCUUUAAGAAAGAAGCAUAGUAGACCCGAGAUGUGCCUGCUGCAGGACUUGAUGCUUUCCCAUAAAUGACUUAUAGUACUCGCUCAAUGCAAAAAAACAAAAUACAAAACAGUAGCCACUUUCUCUAAGAACAGUAUGCAGGAAAAUCCUUUGUAUUUUUUUUCUUCUUUCAUUCCAUCUGAGGUAAUGUUGUGUCCUUAAGUGGGUUUCCUCUGUUGCCAGUGGGAAAAACAUAGUCUUGAAGAGUUUAUUAACUUGGAAACUCUGUUUUAACAAAGAGGUACAUGAUUGAAAACUUGGAGUGGGUUUUCACUUCUUUGCAUUAAGAUGGCACACUAUUAGGGUUUUACCUGGUGAAUUGAAUUUAAAAUAAAACUGGUUAUCUGAUCAUGUUUACUUCAUCCCAACCGAGUUUUCUUUACAAAACAUACACUCUAAUGCAUUCAGAACUUACUCUUUACAACUGAAUGCAAGUAACAUAUGGAAAACUGAUGAACCAGUCUUAAAAAUGCAACCAGACAAGUGAGAGUGUUUGUUAUGUAACUCAUUAAUUUCAUAUUUGGAUUGCCUUUUUUCAUGCUCUAUGAUUUACAUGUAUAUAAUUUUUGGACAUUUAUUAUGGUAUAUUUAGCAAUCAGAAAGUGGUGGGCAGACUUUUAGUAGAUGAUAUCGCUGGUAUUCGAAAUAUUUCUGUAGAAUAUGUAUAAUGAUUGAAUCCAUUUGUGUGGACUGGAUAUAUUAGGGUGGUCGUAGCAGUGACCCUGGAUGAUCUCUUUGACUGAAAUAAACUGAGCUUGGGGUUGGUUCGUGUACAUCUAAAAAA